AUGGAUAAUGCCAAGGUCUCCGGGAGCGAACAUGUUGAGUUCCACAAUAUGGGGGACAACCCGAAAGAUCUUGGUUCUGGCACAGUACCAGCAUCUUUGUCGGACUUGACGCCGGAGGAAUUACUGCAACGGGAGAAGAAGCUGGUCAGGAAGAUCGAUAUCAGACUGCUUAUUAUGAUGUUGGUCAUGUAUAUCCUGAACUACUUGGAUCGCAACAACAUUGCAGCAGCAAAGUUAGCCGGUCUGCAAAAGGAUUUGAACCUCACAGGCGACGAGUACCAGGUGUGUGUCAGUAUCCUGUUUGUCGGGUAUCUUCUCAUGCAAGUUCCGUCAAACAUGAUUCUCAACAAGCUCGGUAAACCUUCAAUCUAUCUGCCGGGGUGUAUGGUAGUGUGGGGUGUCAUCUCGUGUUGCACUGCUGCCACGAAAGAUUUUGCCGGCUUGGUCGUGGUUCGAUUCUUUCUCGGAUUCGUCGAGGCGGCAUACUUUCCCGGCUGUCUUUAUCUUCUGUCGGCAUGGUAUACCCGGAAAGAAUUGGUCAAACGGACGGCAUUGCUAUACGCAGGCUCACUGAUUUCGGGUGCAUUCUCUGGCUUGAUCUCUGCUGGGAUCACGAGUGGCUUAAACGGCGCACGGGGUAUCGCAGCCUGGAGAUGGCUUUUUAUUAUUGAGGGAUCGCUAACGAUCUUCGCGGCUCUGAUCGCAUUUUUUAUUGUUCCUGAUCUGCCCAGAACGACUUCGUGGCUGACCACCGACGAGAAAGUUCUCGCGGCAUGGAGACUUGAAAAGGACAUUGGUGAAGAUGAUUGGGUAGAUAACGAACAUCAAAGCAUGUUCAACGGUGCAAAGCUUGCCUUCAAGGACCCAAAGACUUGGCUGUUGCUUGGUGUCAUAUACGGUUGCACUUCCGCUGGAUCAGUAACAACCUUCUUUCCCAGUGUGAUGGCUGGACUUGGCCGGAACAACAUUGAUACCUUGCUUCUUACCACACCUCCAUAUCUCAUCGGCACACUCGUCGUGUUGGUCCAUGCCUGGCAUGCGGACCGAACAGGCGAACGAUACCUCCAUAUUUGUCUUCCGCCUAUCAUUGCGAUUGUAUCGUUCAUCCUGGCGAUGGCUGGGAAUAACUUCGCCGCUCGAUAUGUCGCGAUGUGCAUCAUGCUUGGUAGCAUUUAUUCGGGCUACGUCGUGGCCCUAGGGUACAUCUCAAACAUCCUGCCACGCCCGGCAGCAAAACGAGCCGCUGCCUUGGCUCUUAUCAACUGCCUUAGUAACGUGUGUCAGAUUUAUACACCUUACCUUUACCCCGACUCUGCGUCACCGCGUUAUAUCAUCGCAUUCAGUAUUAACAUCGGCAUGCUUUCCAUGACAAUUAUAGUUUCCACCAUCCUUCGCAUAUAUCUGGGUAGAUUGAACAAGAAACUCGAUGAAUUAGAUGGUGUCGACCUUGCCACACAGGCGCGUGAUAAUGAAGAACAUGGUCUGCCUGGCGUGGCAGUGAGAGAGGGGUUCCGGUUCUUGCUCUAA